AUGGCCUUAGUAUUAUAUCUGUUCUUGGGUCUUCUUCUAAGUUCAUCAUGUGAGGCCUACAAAGCGCUGGUGGUUUUUGGAAUGCCAUCAAAUAGCCAUUUCAAUCUUGGUAAAGGAAUUGUCAGAAAUCUGUUAAAAGAUGGAAAUGAGGUAACAUUCAUCACUCCUGUCGAAUGGAAGAACCCACCACCGAAUCUCCGGCAGAUCGACGUGAGUAACAAUUUUAACGUCAUGCCAUCGUACCUACUAAAUAUAAAGCAUUUAAUGGAAGCCCCUACGCCGACUGGCCAUCGUAAGUCUGUAAAGACGAGGUUGAUAAACCUGGCGAAGACAACGAUGGAAUAUGAAAAUGUACAGAGACUGUUGAAUGAUACCAAUGAGCACUUUGAUGUCGUCAUCGUUGAGCAUAUGUAUUCAGACCUUGGUGCAGGCUAUGCUGCAAUAUUCGACUGUCCUCUAAUCUGGUUGAGUCCUGUAGAAGUGCACUCACUGUCUAUUGGAUUGGUCGAUGUUUUACCAAACCCAGCUUAUACAUCAGAUGUUCUGUCACCAUAUACGCCACCAUUUACUUUCUUGGAGAGACUGGAAGAGCUAUGGAUAAGAAUAUAUGAUACAUUCUACGACUAUAUGGUUUAUGAACCAAUGGAGGCAGCAGAAUAUGAGAGAUUAAUUGUACCUCAAAUCGAAAAGAGAGGUCGGCAAGCCCCACCAUAUAGUGAAGUCCGGAACAACGUAUCUCUAGUGCUGGGUAAUUCACACGUGUCUACAGGUGUGUCUCUUGCCUUACCACAGAACUACAAGCCUAUCGGAGGCUACCACAUUGACGAAGAAAUUAAACCACUACCUGAGAACUUGGAAAAGAUAAUGAUGAACUCCAAAAACGGAGUCAUAUACUUCAGCAUGGGAUCCAACUUGAAGGGCAAGGACUGGCCAGAACAAAUCAAACGUGAUCUCCUUAAAUUAUUCGGAGAACUAAAACAAACGGUGAUCUGGAAAUUUGAAGAAGAAUUGGCCAAUACAUUACUAGAGAAAGCGCAGUCACGGGCGCAUUAA